AUGAUGCGUAACAGUGAAGCAGCUGCAGGAGGGACACAGCAUGGACAACGGAUGAUCUUUACAGGCCCAGAUGGAAUUGGAGACUACAGGCCGAGAUCAAAUUAUUUCCCCCGGUACAUCGGCGCGGGCGCCUCAUCACCUGGGGCCACAGGUGACCUCAGCUACUUGUGCCAAGCUGCACCACACGCCCCUCCUCCUCUGCCCAAGCAGAGCUACGUGGGGGAGGUUGGCUGGGGCUGGCAGUACAACCAGCUGUUGAACAGUGGGACGCUGCUCAGCAACAUGCAAAUUAAGAAAACUGAGGUCCGGACAGCGCUGGAGGACAGAGUGACUCACAGGUUCCAGAGCGACCAGUAA